AUGGAAGUCCAGGGUUUCCAAAGUCUCGUACACUCGGCGCAGACAGUAGCCAUAGCUGCGUUGAUAUUUGUUGCAUGUUACUAUCUUCCCAGGCUCAACUUCAAGGCCCAAGUCGCGAAACUGCCAGCUUUCGCGGAGGGUGGUGAGAAGCAGAGGAAUGAAUUUCUCAAGAACGGAAAGAGCAUGUACUUGCAGGGAUAUGAGAAGUUUAAGAACCAGGUCUUUCGGAUGACUGGUUCUGAUGGAGACGAAACAAUUGUGAUAAGCCCUCAGUUUCUGCCCGAGUUGAGGAAACUGCCCGACACUGUUGUUAGCUUUCCGAAAGCCGUUGCGGAUUUGAUGGAAGUAAAGUAUACAGGCCUCCUCGCCGACGAACCCUUGGGAGUGCAUGCUGUGAGGGCCGAUCUGACACCAGCACUUGCACGCCUGAAUCCCGUGGUGUAUUCUGAGGUUUUGCAAGCGCUAGAGGAGAUCAUGCCCACAUGUGAAGACUGGACCGCAGUCAACAUCUACAGCAAGCUCGUCAGUAUGGUGGCCAUGAUCACCGGACGGGUCUUGGUCGGCCCAGAUCUUUGCCGAGACGAGGAGUAUCAAAGACUGUCCAUUGAAUACACCAUGCAACUCAUCACAGCACAGCUGGAGAUCAAGAAGAUCCGACCCCUUUUCAAACCGUGGUCUGCGCCUCGCCUUGACUCGGUCAAAAAGCUGCAGGCCUCCCGCAAAAAUCUAGCCAAUUUUCUAGAGCCGAUUAUACAGGCACGGCGUGAUGCGGAGAAGAACGAACCUGAAUGGCAGAAGCCCGAUGAUAUGGUGACUUGGCUUAUGAGCAGAGAAGGCGAAUUUGGCGUCAAAUCAACACAUCACUUGGCGCAAAUAGUUCUUGGGCUAAUAUUUGCGUCUAUCCACACCACCACACUGACCGCCACAAACAUUCUUUAUACUCUUGCAGUCCAAACCGAGUACAUCGAGCCAAUUCGGGAGGAAGUUCGCCAGGUCAUGAAUGAGAAUGGAGGCACAAUCUCAACUCGUGCUCUCCAGCAAAUGAUGAAACUGGACAGCUAUAUGAAAGAAUCGAUGAGGUUCUAUCCUCCAGGUUUUACGUCGUUCCAACGCAAGGUCACGCGUGGAUUUACCCUUUCCAACGGCCAGUACAUUCCAGCCGGCGUCAAGAUCGAAGUCGCAUCUCAUGCCGUCUACCAAGACCCAGCCAACUACUCGAACCCUGAGCCCGCAGACGUCUUCGACGGCUUUCGAGCCUACAAGCUGAGGCAAGGAGGCACAGCGACCAACCACGCGCGGAACCAAUUUGUCACCACCAACGAACAGAACCUGAUGUUCGGGUAUGGAAAGCAUGCGUGUCCUGGCAGGUUCUUCGCGGCAAACGAGAUCAAGAUGAUCCUCGCGAACCUGAUACUGAACUACGAUUUCAAAAAUGAGGACGGGAGCAAGGAGCGGUAUGCUCAGCUGGAUGUGGGACGGCAGUCGUCGCCGGAUGCGAGGAAGAACCUGCUUUUCAAGGCUGUGACAGUAUGA